CUGAACCAAGCUGUGUGUUUCAUGAAAAAUGCAAUGGAAAGUCCAUCUUGCUUUAGUUCUGAAGACUUUUGUGCUGAUGUCAGUCUGUGUGAGGAAGAAUCUCCUGGACCCAGCUGUGUGUCCAUGAAGACUGAUGCAUCAAUGGAUUGUCCAUUUAAAUUCAGUUCAGGAGACCCUUCUGCUAAUGUGAGGCUGACUGAGGGUGAUCCUCCUGAACCCAGCUGUGUGUCCAUGAAGACUGAUGCAUCAAUGGAUUGUCCAUUUGAAUUCAGUUCAGGAAACCCUUCUGCUAAUGUGAGUAACAAACGAGAUGGGUCAGUGUCUACAAUUGGAAAGAAGCAGCUGGGCUCCAUUUUUAAGAAGCUUGAGGACACAGUCAUUUCUAUAUUGAAGAAAGAGCUGAUGAGGUUCAAGGCAAUACUAAGCUCAGAUUACCCAGUGUCCUCUGAGAUAGAGGAAGAACAUCAGCUCACAGAGGAGUUUCUGAAGAUCACACUUGACGCCCUGAGAAAGAUGAACCAGAGAGACCUCGCUAAAACACUACAGACCAAGCUGGCCCCUUUGUAUGUGAAAAAGCACAAAUCCAGACUAAAGGAUGCCUUUCAACUAAUAAACGAAGGAAUAUCAAAGCAAGGAGACUCGCUUCUGAAUGAGAUCUACACAGAGCUUUACAUCACAGAGGGAGGGAGUGGAGAGGUCAACGAUGAGCAUGAAGUGAGACAGAUUGAGAAAACAUCCAGAAGACCAGAAAUGCCAAUCAAAUGCAAUGACAUCUUCAAAACCUUACCAGAACAAGACAAACCCAUCAGAACUGUGCUGACUAAAGGAGUGGCUGGAAUUGGAAAAACUAUCUCUGUGCAGAAGUUUAUCUUGGACUGGGCUGAAGGGAAAGAUAAUCAGGAUAUUCAUUUCAUGUUUCCACUUCCAUUCAGAGAGCUGAAUUUGAUGAAGGAAAAAAAUAUAAGUCUGGUGGGGCUUCUGUAUCAAUUUUUUACAGAUACAGAAGGGCUGAGAUCAAAAGACUUUCAUGACUAUAAUGUCCUAUUCAUCUUUGAUGGUCUUGAUGAGUGUCGACUUCCUCUAAAUUUCCGAAACAAUCAGAGGUUGUGUGAUGUAACAGAAUCAGCCUCAGUGGACGUACUGCUGACCAACCUCCUCAUGGGGAAUCUGCUUCCUUCUGCUCUCCUCUGGAUCACCACUCGACCUGCCGCAGCCAAUCAGAUUCCUCCUGAGUGUUUCGACCAAAUCACAGAGGUUCGAGGCUUCAAUGACCCUCAGAAGGAUGAGUAUUUCAGGAAGAAGAUACAUAAUGACACUAUGGCCAAUAAAAUCAUCACACACAUCAAAUCAUCAAGGAGCCUCCACAUCAUGUGCCACAUCCCGGUGUUCUGCUGGAUUACAGCCACUGUACUAGAAGCAAUGCUAUGUGAAUCAGAAAGUGGGAAGAUUCCCAAUACUCUCACUCAAAUGUUCACACGCUUCCUAUUCUUUCAGACAAAACUGAAGACCCAGAAGUAUGAAGGAAAAUGCGAUGUGGAUCUUCAGCAGACCAAAAAAAAUAUUCUCUUACUGGGCAAACUGGCUUUUGAACAGCUGGAAAAGGGGAACCUGAUCUUCUAUGAGGAAGACCUGAGAGAGUGUGGCAUUGAUGUCAGAGAAGCGUCUGUGUACUCAGGAGUUUGCACACAGAUCUUCAGAGAGGAGUUUGGGCUGCACUUGGGGAAAGUCUUCAGCUUUAUGCACCUGAGCAUUCAGGAGUUUCUUGCUGCUGUAUAUGUGUUUGUGUCCUUUGUCAACAAAAAUAUCUUCACUUCCAAGUCAAAAAUGGAGGAGUUUCUAAAGAGUGAGGUGGACAGGGCCUUACAGAGUGCAAAUGGACACCUGGACCUUUUCCUUCGUUUCCUUCUGGGUCUAUCACUGGAGUCUAAUCAAACAGUCUUUCGAAGCCUUCUGAAACAGCGAGGACAUCACUUUCAAAGUGGACAGGUCAUUGUUAAGUACAUUAAGAGGAAGAUUAGGCAAAAUCCCUCUUCAGAGAAAUCAAUCAAUCUGUUCUACUGUCUAAAUGAAUUAAAUGAUCAUUCUCUGGAGCAGGAAGUACAAAUAUUCCUGAAGAGAGGUAGAAGUGGUAUUUCCAACCUCUCUCCUGCUCAGUGGUCAGCUCUAGUUUUUAUGUUGCUAAACUCAGAAAAGGAAAUGAAUGAGUUUAAACUGAGUGUAUAUUAUCCAUCUGAAGAAUGUUUACUGAGGUUGCUGCCAGUGGUAACAGCAUCCAGGAUAGCCGAUCUGAGCAGAUGUCAUCUCAAAGAUGAAAGUUGUUCAGCUCUGGCCAAAGUUCUCAGCUCAUACUCAAGUCUGAGAGAACUGAACCUGAGUAACAAUAACCUGCCCGAGAGUGGAGUGAGGGUGCUCAGUGCUGGACUGGGAAGUUCAACCUGUCAUGUGGAGACAUUAAAGUUAUCUAAUUGCUGUAUUGGAGAUGUAGGUUGUGCUGCUCUGGCUACAGCUCUGAGAUCAAACCCCUCACACAUGAGGGAACUUAAUCUCAACAGAAACACACUGGGAGAUUCUGGAGCAAAGUUGCUUUCUGCUCUAAUUGAAGAUCCACAGUGUAAACUGGAGAAACUACAGCUGUCUCACUGCAGUAUUGGAGAGGAAGGUUGUGCUCUUCUGGUUUUAGCUCUGAAAUCAAACCCCUUACACCUGGAAGAACUCGAUCUGAGCUUUAAUAAACCAGGAGAUUCAGGAGUGAUGCUGCUGUCUGCUGUACUGAUGGAUCCACAGUGUAAACUGGAGAGACUACAACUGGAAUACUGCUGUAUUGGAGAUGAAGGUUGUGCUGCUCUGGCUACAGCUCUGAAAUCAAAACCCUCACACCUGAGAGAACUGAAUCUGAACAGGAACACACUGGGAGAUUCUGGAGCAAAGUUUCUUUCUACUCUACUUGAGGAUCCACAGUGUAAACUGGAGAAACUGCAGUUAUCUAAUUGCUAUAUUAGAGAUGAAGGUUGUGCUGCUCUGGCUUCAGCCCUGAAAUCAAACCCUUCACACCUGAGAGAACUCCAUCUCAAUAAUAAUGAAUUAGGAGAUUCAGGAGUGAAACUACUCUCUGGUCUACUGGAGGAUCCACAAUAUAAACUAGAGGAGCUACAUAUAUGUCCUGUACUUUAAAUGCAAAACAAACAACUGCCUUCUGUCAUGAAGAACAAACAGCUGCUUGCUGCCACCUGGACACACACUUUGUCUGUAAGGGUUAUGAACUCACAUGUAGUAAUAACUGAAAUUUAAAAAUCUGCUGAUGUUGUACUACUUGCAGCAAUACAGUAAAAUACAUGUUUUCUAUGCAUUCCAUUCCAUUACAAAAUGCUUGACAAACUGCUUUUAUGCAUUUUUGUUCUUUACUGUGUAAUUGUCCAGAAUGCUAGAGAUAUGAUGGUUCAGACUCAUUACCAUUUAAAAUAAUUAAUAGGUGUGAUCAAAUCCUGCGGGAGUGAACCUGUCAGUGUGUUACAUGUAUAUAAAGUGGUGUGUAAAGAAACUGAUAUUUGAUAAUGCUUUGGCAAUGCACACAUCUUUUGAGUGAAAUACUGAAUGAAAUACGUUUUUCUUUUUUAUCUACUUAAACUUUUUACAUCUUUUAUUGUAGUUUUAAAACAAAGAACAUAUAAAUAACAUAAAACAAAUACAUAAUAAACAAAAAUGAAGAAAGCAAUAAGAAUAUAUACAUAAUGCUAUUUCUGACUCAUGCUUGUCAUGUGAUGUUACUUCUCACUGCUUGGACAUUGUCAUU